AUGGUUCACUGCUCGGAGUGUAAACUGAACAUUUUAGUCACCCAGAGGCGAAUCAAAUGCACUAAUCCGGACUGCCAACACAAUUACCAUCAGGACUGUGUCAAGUACAAUGAUACUACCACCGCUCGCUCUAAAUGGAUUUGCCCCGAUUGUACAAUACCGCGCCCAAAAAGUGGAAAUACACCUCUUUCCAUGUCGAAGAAUAAAGACAUUUCGGAUGCUUCUGCACCCUUAUUGGGAAGUCAAGAAUUAAUUGUAUUAGAAAUACGUAAUCUACGCCAAGAAAUGUUGGAAAAAUUUGAGUGCCAGAAAUCGGCGUUCGAGAGAUUUAAUGCAAUUUUGUGCAAGGUUCAAAUGGUUAUGAGUGAGUUGCACUCCAAAUGCUCGGGUCUGCGAGAGGAUCUCAAUGGUGCUAUAAAUACAUUGCAAUUUCUAUCUGCAUGUCACGACGAUCAGCAAAAACUGAAUGAAAAAACAAAAAGUGACUUUUUGGAAUUCACUAAGUGCAGCAACAGCCUCCAACCAAAACUAUCAGAAUUGAACCGUAAAAUCGCGUAUAUGGAGCAGUUUGCAAGACAGUCAAACGUUGAAAUUCAGGGGAUUCCAGAAAGACGCAAUGAAAACUUAAUGUCUAUAGUUAAAAAAAUUGGAAAUACGGUUUCCUGUAAUUUACAAGAAACUGACAUUCUGGAAUUCCACAGAGUUGCUAAGCAAAAUACCAAUUCGAAUCGUCCGAAAAAUAUUGUAGUGAAGUUAAACUGCCCACGUACUCGAGACAAUCUCCUUGCUUCAGUUAAAAUCUUUAAUAAAAACAAGCACAGUGAUAACAAACUUAACACUUCCCAUAUUGAACUUCCUGGUGAACAGCGGCCUGUGUAUGUUACUGAACACUUGUCACCUGAAAAUAAAAAACUUCAUACCGCUACUAGAAUAGCUGCCAAGGAGAAGAAUUACAAGUUUGUUUGGAUACGAAAUGGUCGCAUCUUCGUACGUAAGGAUAUUUCUGCCGGCCACAUUAAUAUUAAGACUGUAGAAUGCUUGCAUAAGCUGUGACUUAACCGUUAUUUUAUUUAUUUAUUUAUUUAUUUGUAAUUUGUUCUU